AUGGUAUUUAAUCAAGCUAUGUCUUAUUUAUUAUCUUUACUUGAACGUUCAAAUUUCGAUUUAAUUUAUUUAUCAUGGUUAUGGAAUUUAUUUAAACCAUUAUGUAUGGUAUUAUGUACAUUAUUUCUUUUACCAGCUAUUAUACUUAUAUUUAUGUAUUGUUCAUCAUUAUUUUGUUUAAUUUAUAAACAUUGGAAUCGGUUGAAAGCUGCUUAUUCAGAAGAUCUGUGGUAUGGAGCAAUAAAAACUUUAGCUGUCUUUUGGGAAUUACAAUCAACAAUAUGGCAUGUAGAAGGAUUAGAAAACGUUCCAACUCAGGGUCCGGUUCUAAUUAUCUUUUAUCAUGGUGCAUUACCUAUUGAUUUCUAUUAUUUAUUUGCUAAAAUAUGGCUCUAUCGUAAUCGACGUGUACGAGUUGUUGCCGACAAAUUUGUUUUCAAAAUUCCUGGACUCGCAACUCUUCUUGAAGCACUUGAAAUUCAACCAUCAACAUCAGCUAUGUGUAGAUUAAUGCUUGAAGAAGGUCAUGUACUUGCUAUUGCACCUGGUGGUGUUCGAGAAGCUCUUUUUGGUGAUCAGAAUUAUCAAUUAAUAUGGAAAGAAAGAAAAGGAUUUGCUAAAGUGGCAAUCGAUGCUAAAGUUCCUAUAAUUCCAAUGUUUACAAAAAAUUGUCGAGAAGCUGUACGAGCUAUGACAUUGGGUCGGCGUUUAUUAAGUUAUAUUUAUGAAAAAACUCGUUUACCACUUGUACCUAUUUAUGGAAUAUUUCCAGUAAAAUUAAUUACUUAUCUUGGUGAACCAAUUCCUUAUGAUCCAAAUAUAACACCUGAAGCUCUUGCUGAUCGAGUAAAUAUUGUUUUUUUUUGUUUUUGA